AUGGAAUAAAAUUUGGGAAUUGCAUAUCCCUCCAAAGUUCAAAUAUUUUGUUUGGCAAGUUAUGGAUGGUACUCUCCCUAUUGUUGCAAAUUUAAGAAAGAGAGGUAUUAAUAUCCUAGGGGGUUGCAAGGUGUGUGGUUUGGAGGAGGAGGAAACUUUGAUGCAUGCUGUUCGGUCAUGCCCCAAAGUGGAAGAGGUUUGGAGAGCUGCGCACUACAACUUGGGCGGGCAGCAGCAGUCGAUCGAGGCAUGGUUGCAGCAGCAAUUGGAGCAGCAAGAUCGCGACCUACGGGGCAGAUUUGUGGCUCUCUUGUGGUGUAUUUGGAAGAGGCGGAACAAGGCGGUGUGGGAGGAUAAAACUCAGGAGGCUUCAUCGGUAGUUAAUAUGGCGGAUGGUAUGAUUGUUAGGUGGAAAGAGGCUCAAAAAGCCACUGCAGGGGCUGCUGCAGGCUUGCAGCGAGGAGGGCAGCAGAAUGGUACGCGAACGGGUGCUCCGAGGGAUAAAUGGGAAGCUCCGGAGGAAGGGAUAAUAAAAAUCAACGUCGACGGAGCAACUAAUCAGGCGGCAGGCUUGCGUGCUUGGGGAUGGAUUGCUAGAGACCAUCAAGGGGAGUUCAUCAAAGCGAGAGGGGUUUCCCAUAGAGCCGAAUGGACAGUGGAGGAAACGGAAGCUUUAGGGAUCAGGGACGCAUUAAGUGGAGCUUUGGCUGAAGGAUGGAAUAGAGUGAUAAUUGAAAGUGAUGCAUUAUCCGUGGUUCGGGGAAUAACACGACGGGAGGGUGGCUCUUAUCUUCAGCUUGUUCUUGAUGAUAUUUUCUCUAUUGUUGAGUCAAAGAGUGAUUUUGAAGUCUCUUUUUGUAAAAGAUCUGCGAACCAUGUUGCUCAUACAUUAGCCAAGGCACAUGUUAGUUCACCAGAUCAUGUCAAGGAAUAUGUGGAGGUUCCGGAUUGUAUUUAUAGCCGUUUGGCGCACGAUACUUUGAUUUAAUAUUUAAUGAAUUUUUGACGAUCAAAAAAAUAAAAAUAAAAGUGUAAGGGGACAAUCAAUUAAAAUUCGUGUAAUGCAAUGGCGUACAAGUUCAUAGUAUUCCGUUGCAUCAUAGCACUAUAUGUGGAACUCUGUUAUAAUAAACACAUUCUGUAAUUUUUUAAAAUAGUGUAUAAUCAUUUAAAUUUCUAACUUCCAUACAUGUACACA